AAAAAGAGAAUCUUUUACUUGCAUAUUCGAUUUACCAAAAAUAACUCUUCAUAUUCGUUUAUCAUCUCUUACAAAUUCCAAAACUAAUUUUAACAUAUAAUUCAUUCGCUUUUGAAUCCCAAUGGCUACUCGUAGACGCAUGCUUCUCAAAGUUAUAAUCCUUGGUGACAGCGGGGUUGGAAAGACAUCUUUGAUGAAUCAAUAUGUGAACCGCAAGUUCAGUAAUCAGUACAAAGCAACUAUUGGGGCAGAUUUCUUGACAAAAGAAGUCCAAUUCGAGGAUAGGCUUUUCACCUUGCAGAUUUGGGAUACAGCUGGGCAGGAAAGAUUUCAAAGUCUUGGAGUGGCUUUCUACCGUGGUGCAGACUGUUGUGUUCUUGUAUAUGAUGUGAAUGUCAUGAAAUCAUUUGAUAAUCUCAACAAUUGGCGGGAGGAGUUUCUGAUUCAGGUAAUCAUCAAUCUGUUGACAUUUGAGGAGUUUCGAAGUUCCAUUGCUUGCUUACUCAAUGUUUUCCUUAUUCAAUUUCAUGUACAGGCUAGCCCUUCUGAUCCUGAAAAUUUCCCAUUUGUUGUAUUGGGGAACAAGGUAGAUGUUGACGGUGGCAAUAGUCGAGUGGUAUCUGAGAAGAAGGCAAAGGCAUGGUGUGCUUCGAAGGGAAAUAUUCCUUAUUUUGAAACUUCUGCCAAAGAAGGUUUCAACGUUGAAGCUGCUUUCCAGUGUAUAGCUAAAAAUGCUCUCAAAAAUGAACCUGAAGAAGAAAUUUACCUUCCGGACACCAUUGAUGUCGGGGGUGGACAGCAACAGAGAUCCUCAGGAUGUGAAUGUUAGAUGGUCUGAUGGGUGGCUUUCUUCAAAUCGGGGAACUCUUAAGCAAUGGACAUUUCUGAUCCAUUCGUCAUGCCCUAGUAAGUCUGGAGAAAUGUUAUUCAAGUCUUAUGUAUCAUACAAGUGCUUAGUCAGGGAGGACUUCUUCCUUGCCCUUGUUUUCAACUUUUUAUUCUCUGGGAUCUAAUUGUUCAAUUCUUAGGAAUAGUGGAUUUUAACCAAGUUUGAUCUGGUUUUGAA